AUGAUCAACUGGCUCAUCACAUUCUGGAAGGAGUCCAUGCGCCUUCCAGCGCCUCCAUUGACGGAGAAGAACCUGCCCGACCAAACCGGCAAAGUCUACAUCAUCACGGGUGCCAACACCGGAGUUGGGUACGAAGUAGCAUCAAUUCUGUACUCACACAACGCAAAAGUGUACGUCGCAGCACGCUCGCAAUCAAAAGCCGAGACGGCAAUCGAGUCGAUCAAGAAGCAGCACCCGAACUCCAGAGGAAGCCUCCACUACCUGCACCUCAACCUGAGCGACCUAAGCAGCAUCAAAGAGAGCGCCAAUGACUUCCUAUCCAAGGAGGACAAGCUGCACUGGCUCGACAACAACGCCGGCGUCAUGAUACCUCCGAAGGCCCAGCGCGGCGCCCAGGGGUUGAAUCUCACCUAUCAGACGAACAUCCUCGGGCCUUUUCUCUUCACCAAGCUCCUGCUCCCCGUGCUCAAGCGCACAGCCGAGAGCGAGCCCAAGGGCACCGUAAGAGUAAGCUGGGCUGGAAGUCUCGCCGUCGUGCUGCAGUCACCUCCCAAAGGUCAGAAAUGGAAGGCCGAUAAGGAUGGCAACGAGGGCCUUGACGAAUCUCUCCGCAAUGAGGUUAUUUACGGAGUCAGCAAAGCUGCGAAUUAUUACCUCGCGCAUGAAUUUGGGCGAAGAUAUGCCGACGAGGCGGUCAUGCAUAACUGCUACAACCCGGGUAACCUCCAAUCCGACCUACAGCGGCACCUCCCAAGCUUAUUCCAGUGGAUGAUGAACAAAACGGUUCUAUACCCGCCGAUCUACGGCGCAUAUACGGAGAUCUACGCGGGACUCAGCCGCGACGAACCGGCUCUAAGCACCAAGCAGGGCACUUACAUCGUCCCCUGGGGCAGGAAAUUCGGUACAAGGAAGGAUCUGGAGGAGGAGAUUGCCAAGGGUCCAGACGGGGAGCCUGCUAAGUUGUUUGACUGGUGCGACCGGAUUACCCGUGAUUAUCAGUGA